CAUUAGAGCUGCCCAGCUUCAGGAAAGUUUCAAAAAAUCACGCAGACGCAACAAAAAGUAAACAGACAAAAAUUUUGCUCAGUCAGUGCGAAGAUGCGGAGAGAGAGUUUUCGAGAUAAUCGCUAAAACUAAUUUAUGUUUGUUCGGUGCAUGUUUCCGUGAAUUAGAGGGCCGUUAUUUCUGAAGUAAGCGUGUAGACUUUCGCCAUUUUUAGUAAACUUUUUAAUAAAGAAAGCUUACGACUCGCCUGGGUGCUAGGAUAAUUAAAACCGCUAAUGGACACCGUGCAGGAAGAAGCUAGUCCACCCCCAUCGCCGUCACUGGACGCGAAUACACUAACCUUUCUACUGCCCCCGGUACCGCAAAUCAUAGUGACCAAUGAAGAACGCAGCCGAAGGAAUAGCUGUCGAACAACUUCCGAGCAAGAUGUCAGUCAAAACAACUCCAGAAGGCCAUCAUCCAUAAUCGCAGCUCUUAGAAGACCUUCUCAAGUAGUGGCUCUUUCAGCUGCACAUGCUGUCAUGAACCAACGGAGGUAUAUUAUGGGAUUAUUCAAUGAUCAUGGUGACGCUUUAGCAUCCAAUGAGGACGUCAAUGACUCGGAGUCUAUUAAAAAUUCACGAAUGAACCAAAAAGUUGGGGAUGAUGCCCUUUCAAAAGUUUUGUCGGCCCUGUAUGGAAAACUUUUAGUUGUACUAGGAAUAGCGUUUCCAGUUACCGAGAUCAUUUCGUCUGAGGUUCAGCCGUUUUUCUACCAGGGGUUCUACUUGUACCUGUAUAUAGGAAGUUUGGGUUUUGUCGCAUAUUUAUUUGCCGCUCCAAUCAGAGAGAGAGUGUUAUUGGAAAUACUGAAACUUCAGAGUAAAUCAAAGAUAGAACCAAUCAAGAAACCAUCGGAACCCCUUCCAAAAUUUGGGAGUUUCUAUUUGAGGGUUGGGGCCAUUGCAUUUGGAAUUGGAAGUAUGGUGUAUUCAGGCCUGGAAUUCGGGCAGUAUUUUGAAGGAAGGAAUAAUCCUGCUUGCUAUUCCAACAUCAUCCAAGCUAUAACGCCAGCAAUGAGAAUUGUCCUCACUUUAGUGCAGGUUCAAUUCAUAUUUCUCAAUAACAAGGAUUUCGAAUACAAUAAACAUAGGAGACUUGCUAGAUUUGGGUUUAUGCAUAUGAUUGCUUGCAAUUUAUGUGAAUGGCUUCAUGUAUUAGUGGAAGAAACCAAACAUGAGAUAAUUCAUCUCGAAGAACAUUCCCAGAAUGCAAGUCGUUUGACUUUGAGUAAAAAAUACUGCAGAGGAAACGUCAUGGGAUCCCUAGUGACAAACUCGAGUCCUUUUUUAUUUCCUUGCACCAUAGAGUACAGCUUGAUAUGUGCUGUUAUCCUAUUUGAAAUGUGGAAACAAGUGGGAGAUGAAUCGAAAAUCAUAAAUGAGAAGAAGAAUUCCAGGAAUCUUACAUCUUCUACCAAGGCAGCCAGCCAAUUUCAUUUCAAUCCAUUUGGAGGCAGAGUAUUGAGCUCAAAUGAACAUUACACAAUAGAUUGUUCAAAUGCUCACAAAGGGUUGUUUGCCGGAAUCGUGAUAAUUGUCUUAACGAUAAUCUCGUUGAUUAUGUUUUUCGUUCUGACAAGUUCUGAGAGGAGUGUGACAGUGGCGAUUUUCGAGGUGAAUACAGUGGAGUUGAUACUCUACAUCGCAACCACAUUUGCUGUUCUAAUAGCAAUGCUGAAAAUGAGGAAGUUCAAGUAUGACCGAAAAAUUGGUCACGAAGGAAACAGAACUGGAAUAGGUCUUGACUGUACCCUUUUGGUCGUGUCUCAAACUGGGAUAUUCUUUUACUGCAUGUUCUCCAUCACCGGCUGCUACUUCACACGGUCUUCAUUCAAUGAUUUGGAAAUGGUAACGGAAAUUUUAGCCUUCAUACAAACCUGCUUUCAAACAAUUUUCGUUCUGGACGGUUGGUGGAGAAAAUGCAGCAAUAUACAACAAACCAAGAACAAACCUGGAAGAGAAUUGAUAACGUUUUUAAUAGUUGCAAACAUGGCGAUGUGGACGAUGAACACUUUGGAAAAGAACAGGGCAGAGUUUCGUCCCAGCCAUUUGGAGUUUUUUGGUGAAUGGGCGUGGACUAUUAUAACGCAUAUAUCGAUGCCUCUGGUAAUUUUUUACAGGUUUCAUUCGACUAUUUGUCUGUUCGAAAUUUGGAAGACAGCGUACAAGUUCAAAGCAAAAUUGCAGACUCAGUUUUUUCCAUUGAUAUAGUAUAAAGUUGAUGAGAUUGUAUGAAUUCAGUGUAUGUAUUUGCUAGUUCCAGUUACUCAAAAUUCAUCUUUCUAGCUUCUAUUUACGUCUCAGUUAUGGUUUUUACAAAAAAAAGUUAUGUCCUCUAUUGAAUCCUCAAUUGAAUAUGUAUUCAAAUUGGCCGAUCCUUUAUUUAAAUCCAUAAAUUAUAUUUGGUUACCAGUUUGUGAGAUUUUCAAUAAACAAUUUACAAAACUA